UUUCUAUUUGGAGCUUGUGUUUUCUUCUCGGAUUCAAGUUAUUUUAUCUAUUACAAUAAUUUCUGUUCAACUACAUUGAUCAUUUAAUUCAUUCUUUGUCUUGUACACGACUGAUUUUGUUUUUGAUUCUUUAUGGUCACAAGCAUUCACCCCUGUUAUCUCUUCACUUCCUUUUCCAGGUUUCCAUUCUUUUACCAUAACUUAUCAAGAUAUGCCCUUCUCAGUUAAUUAUCGAUUGCUAUUAUGUUUAGCCCGACUCAAAAACUAUAAAUUCUCUAUCCAAAAAGUUGGUCUGGCUUCUGUCGCCGAUGCACUUUAUAGUCAUCUGCAUAACAAUAGUUGCAGCGUGGAGAAGUCAUUAUCCAUGGAAAAUGCCAAACUAGAUGCUCAAUGUGUUGCCCAAGUCUUAGAUAGAUGCUUUCCUACGCAGCCUCAUUUGGGUAUUAGAUUUUUCAUUUGGGCUGGACUGCAGUCUGGAUACAAGCAUAGUGCUUACAUGUACAAGAAAGCAUCAGUUGCUAUUAAUCGAAAUCCACAGGUCAUAUUGGAUGUGAUACUUUCAUAUGAAUCUGAGGGGUAUUUUGUUACCACUAAGAUAUUUAAGGAGGUUUUGAGACUUUGUAAAGAAGCUCAGCAUGCUGACACGGUUAAUGUAGCUUUAUGGCUAUUAAGAAAAAUGGAAGAAUUAAAUUUGUGUGCUGACACUACCGUGUUCAAUAUUGUGAUAAGUUUGUGUUGUAAGGCAGGUGAUAUAAAGACGGCAGAAAACUUGAUUAAAGAGAUGAGUUGUAAGAAUCUCUAUCCUGAUAUGAUUACAUAUAUGACAAUGAUUCAGGGUUUCUGUAAGGCGGGUCAGUUGGAGAGUGCAUAUUCUAUGCUCAAGGAUAUGAAGUUACAUGGAUGUUCACCCAAUUCUGUGGUUUACACAGCCCUUCUAAACGGAUUUUGUGGCUAUGGAUCUAUGGAAAGGGCAAUGGAACUUUGGGAGGAAAUGAAGGAAGAAGGUGGGGAUUGUAGUCCAAAUGUUGUUACUUAUACAUCUCUUAUUCAGAGUUUCUCUAAGAAGGGCAAGUGGAAAGAAGCAUUGCAAAUUUUAGAUAGAAUGAGAGAUUUGGGGUGUUCUGCAAACCAUGUAACAGUUAGUAAAUUGAUUGACAGCCUUUGCAGUGAGGGUCGGGUUGAAGAGGCAUACAGGUUAUGUGACAAAGUUAGGGAACAUGAAGUAUCAUAUGAAGAUUGCUAUAAUUCACUUGUGAUAGCUUUGAUGAGGACAGAAAAUUUUGAAGAAGCAGAGAGACUCUUCAGAGUAAUGGUUGCUGGUUCACUUAAACCAGAUAGCUUGGCUUGUAGCCUUGUGUUAAAAGAGCUCUGUUCGAAGGGCCGUGUGCUGGAUGGGUUCUUGUGGCUUGAAGAGAUUGUAAAUGCAGGAUGCAUCAUAACCAUUGACUCUGAUAUUUAUUGUGUUCUUUUAGUUGGUCUCUAUGAGCAAAGCCACUUGAUAGAGGCCAAAAAGCUUGCGGAAAUCAUGCUCAAGAAAUCUAUUGUGCCGAGAGCUCCUUACAAUAAAGGGGUAAUUGAAAUUCUAAGAAAUUCUGGCUAGGAGGAUCUUGUUGAGGGAUUAACUGAAACGCACAACGGUCCUUGAUGAUUAGUUUUUGAAGCUCCCAUGUUAUUUGUGAUAAUAGAUGUCCUUGUGUAUUGGAGACCACCUCCUUAGAGUUCUUCGAAUGGUAUAAUUGUAUUCUAAAAGAUCUUCGUCAUGGCUCCCCACCGCCUCCGUAGCCCCCUCAGAAAUCAAACUGAUUCACGCCCAGGGUAAUUGUUUCUCUUUUCCUAAUAUAUAUAAACAGAAGCACACAUAAUAAUGCAUA